AUGGACAGAUCAGACGACACGGUUAAAAUACCAGCCCUGGGCCGCCCAUUCCAGCUGGGGAUGCUGUACGACUGCCGUAAAGAUGCCCUCAUCCCAGGUAGAGCUGGUGCAAGGAAGAGCUUAUGCUGAAAAGGAAAAAUUACUCAUAUCAGGAUUAGCAGUCGGCCCAAACAGUGCAGUUUCAGUGCUAAAUGUGCUCCUCAAAUUCAUUUUCAACAUCCCUUACUGUCUGCUUCCACUUCUUUUGCCUGCGUUUGUGUUCCUUUAUGUUUAUCCUUUAUAUUUGGACAAGACUUCCAUUUAUUAAAAAGAAGGCUCUUUGCCUCCUAUAGCUUCUUUGCUCCUUAACCUUGCUGGCAUCGUCUUGGCCCAAAUCAUCAUCAUCAUCAUCUGUCAAUAAAGAUUCAGCAGGUGUGUUCUGUUUCAAUUUUUUAAAGCUUGCCGAAAACCUUUGUAGUCCACCAGGCCUAUGCAGACCAUUAAGAAUACAUCUUUCCACAAUUAUUAAGGUAAAGGUAAAGGCACCCCUGCCCGUUCGGGCCAGUCUUGCCAGACUCUAGGGUUGUGCGCUCAUCUCACUCUAUAGGCCGGGAGCCAGCGCUGUCCGCAGACACUUCCGGGUCACGUGGCCAGCGUGACAAGCUGCAUCUGGCGAGCCAGCGCAGCACAUGGAACGCCGUUUACCUUCCCGCUGGUAAGCGGUCCCUAUUUAUCUACUUGCACCUGGAGGUGCUUUCGAACUGCUAGGUUGGCAGGCGCUGGGACCGAACGACAGGAGCGCACCCCGCCGCGGGGAUUCGAACCGCCGACCUUUCGAUCGGCAAGUCCUAGGCACUGAGGCUUUUACCCACAGCGCCACCCACGUCCCUUCCACAAUUAUUACUGUAGGUAAAAAAACAGGACUUUUUUUUCAGCCAUAACCUGCCAGAACUCAGUUCUGGCACCUCUCAGGUGGUCACCAUUUCAUUAUAAGAGAACAAGGGAAGCAUUCAUGGAGAGUUCUGGCAUCUUUUUUUCUUGAAAAAUACCACAUUAAACAUAAAAUAAACUUCCCUAUACAGGGCUGCCUUCAGAUGUCUUCUAUAGGUUGUCUAGUUACUUUUCUCCUUGGCUCAGGGGGUCACAUAACUCCACACCCUCCAACAUUUCUCUGAUAAAAAUAGGGAUGUCCUAAGCCUAAGGGAAAGCGGAACAUUCAGGGAUCAAAUCAGAAACCGGGAUGGCUUCUGUAAAUCCGAGACUGUCGCUGGAAAAUAGGGACACCUGGAGGGACUGUAAUCCAUUGUGGUGUUCCUGUACCAAUAAGUUAACAACUUUCACCACUGUAACUGUUAUGUGUGCCGGCGUGGUCGCUCAAGAACGAACAGGCAAGACUCCCACUGGUCUUUUCAAAGCUUUAUUAUCUAUCCAAAACAUUCACUGUGCAGAGCGUCUCAAUUGCAUGUCUGCUCAGUCGCUAGCAGCAUCUGGGAGUGGGCGGUCCUUAAACUUUCCCCAGCAGAGCAGUCUUUUGACCCCCAUCCUACGCCUCCCCUCUCUGCGCUUAAAUCGACUGCGCAGAGAGGGUGUGGGCAAAGGGAGACCUUCCUCCCCCUCGCUUUGCUCAGGCUCGGUGUUGCAGCUCUCUCUAGCAUUCUCCGAGCCCUGCAUCCCUUCCCCACUGGAGGCGUGAAGAGCUGCUAUGCACGAUCUUUGGAGGCUCCCUGUAACACAGCGGCUCUUGCCUCUGAGCUGAUGGCAGUUCCCUGACAGUAACUAAGCCAAGUUUUACUCCCUGUGUUUUCUGACUGCUGUAUGGAAAAGGACAUGAAUCUGACCUUUGGAAAGUUUUUAAGUAAACCAUUAUGAAUUUACCAAAGAUGUGGUCUUUUUCAAUGCCAGGUGGGGGGACGACACUAUUUUGGAAGGAACUCACAAGCACAUAUUUUAAAGGUCUGACAGCCUAAAUUUCCACACUUUGCUUUGCUGCAUAUUUUGUGAUUUUAAAUCUGCUGGAGUUCUCUCACCAAAGUGUUUUGCCCUGACUUGGAUCUUGGCCCCCAAGGAAUUCUCAUUUUUCCCCAUGCCAGCCAACAACUAGCACCAACUCUCUAUGUCCUCAAGCAGGAGAUGUUCACAGCCCUAAAUGGUGGUGAUUGAAGCUUAUCCCUGCUGCUGAGUUGUGCCCAUCCCCUUUCUGAGGACUGUACAACAGACGCUCAUGAAAUGUUCACACUUGUUCCACGAUCAUAUCUGGUCAAAUAUUUUCCCUGCCUUUUGCAAAGUUUUACAAAACUGCACAAACCUCUUUCGUUGGGGAUGACAGUGGGACAAAAUUCAUGAGCGCAGACAUUGUGGGCAAUGAUAGGUCUAUUUUAUCUCCUUGUUUCUCUGUUCAGUCUUAGGCAUUAGGCUAAUUGUGUUCUACAUUUCUGUGAACAUACUCAAGCCUUGCAUAUUUCUCUGCUUUAUCCCAGGAAUCACCCUUUGGGACCACGACUCGCUUCAGAAGGACUUGUGUAUCAAACCGCAACCCAAGGCUGAAUAUGAAAUCAUUGCAUCUGAUUCCAUCGAUGAUAAGGCCUCUGCCCUCAAUGUCUCACCAUCACUCAAGGCCAGUUUUUUGGUGGGAUUGGUUGAAGUGGGUGGAUCAGGCAAAUUCCUUCAAGACACCAAGAAGUCCACGAAACAGGCCAGAGUCACUCUGCAAUACAAAGCUACCACCAAGUAUUCACAGCUGACCAUGAGCCAUUUGGGAAUCCGAAAUAUCACUUAUCCAGCUGUUUUUGAGCAUGGCACAGCCACCCAUGUUGUCACUGCCCUCUUGUAUGGAGCCCAGGCUUUCUUUCUGUUUGACCGAAAUGUCUCUUCUUCUGAGUCUGUGCAAGAUAUACAAGGAAGCCUCCACGCUGCAAUCAACUUGAUUAAAGUCUCUGUCAAAGGGGAAGCAUCUAUCAAGAUGGAGGAGAAGGAGAAAGCCCAAACGGAGAAUUUCAGCUGCAAGUUCUAUGGGGAUUUUUCUUUGGAAAGUAAUCCGGUGACUUUUCAAGAUGCCAUGAAAGUCUACAGCGAUCUGCCCCAAAAGCUCGGGGAGGAUGGAGAGAAGGCUGUGCCUGUCAGAGUUUGGCUGUACCCACUGACCAAGCUAGAUUCCAGAGCAGCUAAGAUGGUGCGUGAGAUCAGCUUAACACUGAUCUUUGAUGCUCAAACUGUCUUGGAGAAUCUGAAUGAAAUCAACAUGCGAUGCAAUGAUCUGGCUAUGAAUCCUGCUGCUGAAAACUUCCCAGAAUUAAAGAAGAAAAUCAAGAGAUUCAAGGAUCUAUGCAAGCAGCACAGGCAGACUUUCCAGAAACACCUGGGAGAAAUCUUGCCUUUGAUCCGGGGAGGGGAGAAAGAGGAAAGAGUUUUGGUGGACAUCUUAACAUCCAUAAAGCACUCACCCUUUAAUGACCAAAGACUCAAUGCAUUUUUGGACACCAAGGAACAAGAGAUAAAUAUGGUCAAGUCUUACCUUGAUAUCCUGAGUGGGAUAGAAACCAUCUCCUCCCAGAAUAAACUGCAAGAGGUAGUGCUUAACCACCAGAAUGAAUUUGUUGUCUUAUUUACAUUCACCUCUUUACAUGAUAAGGAACCAUUUUUAACCAGUUUACAACACUUUCUUCAGAAACGAUCAGCAGAUCCUACAGGAGUCCAGAAUGCACUGGGGGACUGGCAUGCUUGGUUUGAGCGAAAAGACAUACAGAGAAAAGCUCGGAAAGCUGCCAAGUCCAUUGUUGAUUUUGCCCAAGUCAAUGAAUCCAAUGGGAAGACCCGGUUGCUUGUGGCUUCUGUCCCAGAUCAGAACAACCCAGGUGCUUCUAUUUACCUCUAUGAAGAUGGGGAGAUGGUCAACAGCAACUUUGAGCUGCCCUCAAAACCUCUCCCUCCCCUGGUUGGCCGAAUUGGACAUGACCAUGUGCAGCUGACAUUUCAACCUGCGGAGUAUGGGAGGACUUCAAUCUCUAGCUAUCAAGUAGAGUACAAGAUUGCAGGAGAAGAAAAUUGGGAGAUUGUGAAUACUGACAACAGUCAGGAGACUUUCCAAGUGAGAGGGUUGAGCGCAAACACAGAAUACCAGUUUCGAUACAGCGCUAGGAGCAAACCAGGACUUAGUGAGACCAGCAAUGUGAGUAAAUCUGUACAGACACUUCCUACCAGCCCUCCUGGGAAACUGAGAGUGAUAAUCGCAGAGUCUUCCAAAAUCAGUGUAGCCUGGGAGAACCCAAAGGUCAUUGGCCAGGGAGCUGUUAUAAAGGAAUACAAAGUGGACUACAGUGAAGAGGCUGGAGAGGCAAAAAGCAAGGACAAAGUUGAAUGGGCUGAAAAAAGAACAGGGAAGAAAACAGAGUUCUGUGAGAUGGAUGGUCUGAAGCCCCAGACACCCUACAGAUUCAGAGUCUCAGCCAUGUGUGCCGGUGGGGCUGAGAGUGAGCCCAGCAAAGAGAUUGAGGUUUCCACAUCAUUCGAAGGAGACGAGAGCAGAGCAGCUUGUCAAUACCUCCAAGACAGAGGAGAGCAGAAGCUGUAUGAUCAAAUUGAAGAAAAAAAGUCCUCUGUAUCAGGCAAAAUUAGGAAAUGGAUGGCAUCUGUUGUAAACUGGCUUAAAUAA